CGUUUCGUGAAAAUGUUUUAUUUUUGUAUUUAUUAUUUUCAAUAAAUUGUGCCCUAAAUUUACAUGGUGCACAUUUCAGUUAGUGUUUCUCGUUACAGUCUUCCAUUAUUUUAGUUUGCAAUGAUGAUAUCACGGGCGAAGCACCGCUCCUCGGUGGAAGUUUGCGCGGAUUGUGGAGCUUCAGAUCCUUCAUGGGCCUCGAUCAACCGGGGGCUGCUGUUAUGUGCGGAAUGCUGUAGCGUCCAUCGUAGUAUGGGCCGCCACAUAUCUCAUGUAAAAUCUUUGCGGCAAGGCACCUGGCCGCCUUCUCUUCUGGCUAUGGUCCAAGCACUAACAGCACAGAAUGUGAACAGCAUCUGGGAGCACUCUCUGCUGGACGCAUCAGCUCCUAAACACUUACGGAAGAAGCCACAACCUAAAGACCCUUUGCACCCGGUAAAGUCCGAAUUCAUCCUGGCAAAGCACCUGAGACUGGCUUACAUCUUGCGAGCACGACGUGACGAGCCCCCCAAUGAGCUGGGGCGGAAUCUCCACAGCGCUGUGCGGAGCUCUUCCCUCGACACUGCCAUGAGACUCCUGGCACAGGGGGCUGAUCCUAACUAUUAUAAUCAGGAGAAGGGCACGAUGUGUCUCCACGUGGCGUGCCGCGCGGGGCAGGCGGCGCAGGCCGAGCUGCUGGCGUGCUGGGGCGCCGCGCCCGCCGCCAGGGACCACGCCGGCUGCACGCCCGCCGACUGCGCCAGACAAGGCGGUCACAUGGAACUGGCGGAGCGUAUGACGGAGCUGGUGUACGAGGCGACGGACCGCAUGAUAUACCUGCUGACGGGCACGAAGCCCGAGCACGCGGCCGGCCGGCACUACAUCGUGCCGCGGGCGCACGACACGCACGAGAUGACCGACGUCGCCAAAGCGGCGAGAGGCAAGCUGCAGUUGUUGCCGAAUCACCUGUUCGAAGAGCUGGUGAUGGACAUAUAUGAUGAGAUCGAUCGCCGGGAAACAGAAGCCAUCUGGCAAACAUCAGCGAGCGGGCUGGAGCGGUGCGGAGUGGCGUUCCUACCAGUGAACCCCGCGCUCUCGGCGCCUCGCAACCAGGGUAGACAGAAACUAGCGAGGCUGUCUACGACUGAAUUACACGCCUUGUUGAGGGAUGUACUACUCGAUGCUACUAGGAGGCAGCAUAUAGCUACCUUGCAACCUAGAGGGCUAACAGGGCCGAUGAACCCGCUGCUGUCAGCGAGCCACUUGAAGCACAUCUCUCAGAUGUCCGACGACGAGCCGCUGUACGACUCCGUGGCCUCUGAUGAUGACUACGCCGCGCUAGCACCCAUAGACCUUGAUAUGUCGAACCUCCUCCCGCGGACGGGCGAGGCGGUGGCCUCGACGUACAACCCGUGCCUCCCCACGGAGCACUCCACCUCGGAGGCGCGGCGCUCGCCCAGCCAACACAGCACCCCCGAGAGACACCCCGAAAUAGAAACACUAAAAAAAGAACUCGACAACAGAGAUUCGACCAUCACUGAACUAAAGAACCAAUUAAAAAACCUACAGUCUAUAGUCGAACAGCUGACUAAAGAAAAUAGCGUUCUAAAAACGAGUAGCGUGGAAGACGACCAGAGUGUGACGUCAUUGAUCUCAACCACGGACAGUGUCAACGUUCUAGAACCUUCUAAAUCUCAGGAGAGAGGGAAGAGUCUAGAAACAGAGCAACUGAAGGACGAAACAGACGCGAAGUUGACGUUGAAAAGCACGCAGCGACCGGUCAGUAUGUAUGAGACUAGAGAGGGACCAAAGAAUAACUGGCAGGUUACUAAACACCAGUUGACAACCCUGACGGGACUCGAUCGGUCGUUGACCCAGAGCGUACUCGAAGGCGCAUGCGCGGCCGACGUUGUGCCGAGUCCGGACCUGGUUCAGAGGCGCGCCGAGUCCGUGACGAGAGGCAUACAGGACCUGUGGGCCGCGGCGCGGGAGCAGCGGCCGCGGCUGCCGGAACGGGCGGAGGCUAUAAGACAUGCCGUCAGAUCGCUGUUAGCGCUAUUCCCACAGACGUGCGCGGAGCCAGAGCUGUCUGCGGUGCUGUCGCAGCUGCGCGCGGCGUGCGCGGAGGUGUGCGCGGCGUGCGCGGCGCCGUCGCCGCUGCACGAGGUGCGCGCGGCCGCCUACGACCUGGCCAAGGCCACCAAGACGCUCGUCACGCACUUCCAGCCCGCCUCCUAGCGAACGCACGCGCACUACACCACCGUCUAGGUGUAGUCCGGUAUGACACCUGCUCUUAACCACUUCUAGUUUAUCCCCUAGACACCUAUUUAUCAUCAAUACAUACAUAAUAACGACCCGCUAGCGUCGAUUAAUUCAUCCAAUAUGAUCCCCUCAGACGACGCCCUGAGCCGAGGUUCGCGCCCAACUGGGCACCCUCAGGCCUGUUGUCUUAAAUUUUGUACCGGGUGAGAGCCCUCAGCGCUCCCCAUUUGUCCGCCCAAGUAGUUUAUGCCAUCUGCGGCAAAUCUACAAUAAAUCACGUCAAAAAAAAUUAGAUUGUUCCUGCGUGUUCGUACGUGUACGCACGAGUUGAGUGGAGUUGAUAAUGAAAGUGUGACUUGCCUAAAGCGCUUUAAAACUCCAUUUACAAUGAAAGUGAGCGUGCGGACUCGAUGCGAAAUGACACAGCAAUGUGGGUUUCCUCACGAUGUUUUCCUUCACGUGAUAAUAAUUUAUGAUACAAACAUGAAUUCGCAAACGAAUUUGACAAUCAUUGAUUGAGGCCUGUGCUGGAUUCGAAUCUGCGACCUCAAAGUAAGCGCUACCAACUGGGCUACCACGGUUCCGUCUUAUUGACAAGAGUUUUGUUAAAAUAUGGCAUGUAAAAUAUUAUAGAAAAUAAAAUGGUGUCUAGGGGUUCGCUAGUUUAUGUUAUAUUUGUAGGUAGAUUAAAAUUAAGUAUGUCCAUUGGCCAGAAUUAAACAAAAUUUUACCUUU